AUGUUACCGAUAGCUCAAAACGAUUGCUUUCUAAGCAUGAGCCAGGAUUAUCUGAUCUGCACGACGAUACAUAAAGCGCGUCAGCUGGGCGUCUUCACCGGUGAGACAUUCGUGCGCGUUACUUUGGACAAAGCGCACAGGACGACGAAACCGUACGCGCGCUCCGAAAAUCCAUACUACAAUGAGUAUUUUGUAUUUGAGUUACGCUGCACGCUAACCGAACUAUUGCGCUUGACGGUCUUGUAUGAGGUGCGAAAGCGGAAUGCGUGCAAGAAGACCAUGUCCCACGGUGAGCUGCUUAUUGAUCUGCAAAGUGUUUGGAAUCAACCAAAUCGUUGUUAUUUCAAAAAAUGGGGUCGCCUCGAGGCCUCCAUUGCCGACAUGUCAAACACUACGCCCGGUGCUUACAAAGGUUAUUUGCAGAUCGAUUUGGCUAUAGUUUCACAAAACUCGGAUCCCAAUACUGUACUGAGGCCACAAGAAGACGAGAUGUUGGAGCUGAACAAGUGGCAAUUAAAUCAGGACUAUGAUAACAUCGAAGGAAAUAUGCUGCAAAAUUCAGACAACGCCAUGCAGUGCAAUAUACGCUAUACUGUCACGCUCUAUAAGGCAGUGCUGACCAAGAAGAGUGACUAUCUCAUACAAUUUAGAUUCCAUCCUUUCAAGGGCAAGACAAAUGUAUGCAAGGGCACUGCCCAACCGGAGUGGAAUUUCGCAGUGUGCUUCUCAUGGACUUUCCCAUCGCUAUCGCAGACCUUUGUCGUACAGAUUUUGUCCCAUGAACAUCUGCAGUGGAAAGCUAUCGCUGACUAUGAAAUACAUUUCGAUGAGAUCGCAUUCAAAGAUAAGCCGGCACUGGGUCCUACAUAUGUGCAUUUCUACGAUAUAGCCAAUCCACUGCAAUACCUCGGCCGACUUUUGGUGGAGGUGGUUUCAGAGUGUCUACCGACCGGUCCGGCACGCGAUCUCUUAACAAGGCCCGUCGCACCACUGGAUGAGAAACGUUGGUGGCAGGAGGAGACAUUUCUAGUGGAAUUUCUACCACUACAAGGCGAUUUUGUGCAUGGCAAUUUUAGUAACUGCAAGAUUUCUAUGAGACUCGCAGAGAGUACUUCCAAUUAUGUGGAAUGCUAUCUGAAAAGCUAUCCCGGCAAGACUACCAGCUCUGGCACUACUUUGAAAUACUUUCGCCAAGAGGCGCCCUAUAAAGCGGCUUACUUAAAAAUUACAAUGCCCGAUAAUCGAUAUAAAUUCGACAGCGACUAUUAUAUGCAAGAAAUUUUGGAUCUAAUAGAAUCAGAGCUAAAAGCCUUCAAACUCUUUCAAAUUAAAUACACCAACCAAUUUUUGCUCCAAGCCAAAUGCUUCAAGGCCAUUAUAAUGAAUUUGCAAAACAAACUAAAUGAGGGUGUCGAUGAAAAGCGACUUCAAUAUACCGGGUUCAAAGACGCCACCAUGUGGGACACAAAUCGUUUGGUCUAUGUUAAUGCCUUUUUCGAAAAGUUUCCCGAGAAGCUACGCGCUAUGCGUCAAAAGCUCAAAUCAGCGCCCGCAAUGCUAAUCGAUUCCACCAUCUCAGACGUGGUAGAUCAAAUGGUCUCACAUUCCAAUGAACUAAAGAGCCUUUUGGCCACUACACGCUUGCAGGACGAGUGGCCCACGCUUAUGAUCAUGCUGAGCGUAUCGGGAAAUCGGGACAUUGCAGUUUGCCGGCUAAAUGCCAAGUACUUUUUAAAUACGCCAAAAGACAUACCGCCCAGCCCGAAUAGUUUAUGUUGGCGCAUGCGUAAUUUUAUAUUCAAGGAUAUUCAAUGUCAGCACAGCUGCAUCAACUGUGGCUGCAAUAUGGGCAUUAUACAAGGUUCACUUGGCAUUGUGGUUGAUAGUGAACGUACCGAAUAUUUGGCUACCAUAACCAACGAUUGGAAACAAACUGAGCUCUAUUAUUGGUCACCCAUUGUUGCCUACACCGUCUACAAAUGUCGCAUCUUUAUACAUCAAGCGAAAAUUCGACCAGGCAGCGAUAGCAGUGGGCUUUCUGAUGGCUAUCUACGUGUCAUCUUUGGCUCGCAAUGGGCACAAACAUCUACGGUAGAGGCGACACUCUCACCAAUAUGGAACUGUGUGAUCUGCUUUGACGUCGUUGUGGUGCCAGGCAGCAUGCAAUGGUACUUGAAAAAUCCGCCACUUGUAGCUGUUGAACUGUACGAUCGCGAUCGUCUAACGGCCAAUGACUAUGUUGGAUGUGGUAGUGUGCCAGUCUCAGUGAUAGGUAUGAAAGAGGCAGAUGACAGCGCACGCGAGGAGCCUGAAAAUAGAUUUAAGCUUAAUAAAAUGGUGAAGACCAGAAACGCUAUGCAGAAAUUUCAUAAACUGAAAAUUCUAUCACCGCCACCGCUAGCUUGGGUGCCGAUCGCUCAGAAUGGCAGUGUACGAGCUGAAGUAUUGAUGUCUGCGGAGCUAGUAGAGACGCAAGAAGAAAUGGGGAAACUAGAAAUGGUGGAACCGACCAUCACAACGGGUAUACCGUCGGGCAUAAGACCGAUUAUGAAGAACUUUGUGUUAGAAGUGGUUUUCAUUGGUUUUCGAAAUUACACAAAAACAACUUUUGGUGGCAGACAUCGAAUCAAAGUUAUGAUGGGUGAUUUGCUGCUUACGAGUGGACUUUCAUCGACACGCUUGAAGAAUAGCAUUAACUUUUUAGUUAUAUUUGCUUCUGGAGUUGUGAGCCUGCCUGAACAGCUGGAAUAUUGGCCUGCAAUUAUUGCGACAGAUGUAUCUGUUUCAGCAAAGGGUGCCGAAACGACAUUGGGUGCCGUUUUGAUAGCCGACUCGAAACGUUUUCUUCAAGUAGACAAGUCAGUGAAAUGUAUACCGGCAAUGCCGGGUGAUGAAGCACCCACGAUGCUACAGAUAGCCCAGAUGGAGGACAAUGAAACUGAGCCGCUACUGAACAGAAACAAACAAACUAUAUUCCAGCGUACAUUGAGUGCCUUCAGAAAAUCAAAAGAUCCUACAAAACAACCGCCAAUCGAAAAACUCGAUUUGGAGCAGGUCAUCGAUGAAACGCAUUACAGUUGGUGGACGAAAUAUUACAAUUCGAUUUAUACUUAUCAGGAAACUGGUGACCAUUCGCAUUUAUACAAGCACAGUCUGGUCAUCUAUCACAACGAGUUGGAGCGUCAGGCUGAUUUCAGCUAUUUGCACGAUUGGGCCGAACCCGUCAAAUUGGUGCAUGGUGUAAGGUAUAAAAAGAAUUCAAUGCCAAAAGAAGAAACGUAUGCGACACUGAAAUUGAACAUUAAGUUGGUACCCUGCAAGUGCGGCACCAAUGAUGGCGGAGAUGGCAUAAUGUUACGCCCACUAGCAGCGGCGCUGAAUCCGCGUUACCAGGCCGAAUUGCACACACUCACCGAUCUAACCAAGAUUAUUGUGCGCGUCUAUGUGGUGCAAGGCGUACAAUUGCGCCCACAUGAUAAGAGCACCAAAUCGGAUGCUUACGUCAAGUUGCAUUUAGGUGGCAAGACUAUAGCGAAUCGUGCGCAUUAUGUGCCCAAUGAGAGUAAUCCAAUCUUUGGGAAGUGCUUUCAAAUGGAGGGAGUUCUGCCAAGGGAUAACAUGUUAGAAGUCUCAGUUUUCGAUCGAAACGUGUUUGCCGAUGAUUAUAUCGGUUCCACAUUUAUCGAUUUGGAAGAUCGCUGGCGUACCAGACAUCGCGCUGUUGUUGGGAUUGCCAAAGAAUAUUCAAAAAGUGGUUACAAUAAAUGGCGCAAUAUUGCCACGCCUUUCGAGAUUCUGACCGAACUUUGUUCGCAACGCGAUUUACCACUGCCAAAAUUCCUCGAAAAAAGUAUUGAAGUGGACGGUUUGAAGUUUAAGGAUGAAACGCGCAUUGCGAUAGCCGAAGAAUUACAGGAGCGUCUAAGUCUAACAGCGCUACACCAUUUGGAUCAGCUGCCGUCCUUUGGCUACAAGUUAGUGCCAGAGCAUGUCGAAACUCGGACCUUGUACCGUCGCGAUGGUCCAGGCAUAGAACAGGGCAAAAUACAGCUAUGGGUUGAGCUGUAUGAGGGCAACUUAAAUAUACCAGCGCCUAUCGAUAUCACCCCACACCCGCCGCAAGCGUACGAAUUGCGCGUUGUAGUCUAUGGCUGUGCUGAUUUAACGUUGGACGAUCGGAAUAUUUUUGGUAAAAAAAUGAGUGAUGUCGGCGUAAAAGGCUGGUGUGCUGACAAAGACCAAUCGCAAGCAACAGAUGUCCAUUACCGUUCGUUCAAUGGAGAAGCUGCAUUUAAUUGGCGCAUGGUCUUCCCCCUCAAGUAUUCUGCCAAUGAAGAUAUGAUGGUCAUCAAGGUAAAAAGUGGCGUACUUAACGAAUACGAAGUAAAGCAUCCUGCCGUAUUAUAUCUUCAAGUCUGGGACAAUGAUUUGGUCACAAAAGAUGAUUUUCUGGGCAUGCUCGAGUUGAAUCUAUCAAACUUUCCAGAGCCUUGCACGAAUCGGCGUUUCUGUACGUUGACCAAUGAGUUUGCCGGCAUUAAGCUACCCGAAACACUGGCACGAUUACAAGGCGUGGCACAUCGGCGUCGUCCAUCGGUGAAUUUGUUUGCGAAAAAGCGCGUAAAAGGCUGGUUUCCGCUGCACGGACAAGUCGAGCAGCUGUCUAAGGAUAAGCGGCUCAAGGAGCAAUUGCGUACGCAAACUGGAAAAAUCGAGGUGGAACUAGAGUUACUUACCGAAGCGGAAGCGGCAGCGAGUCCUGUUGGUGUGGGUCGCAAUCCACCGAAUGCAUUAGCCAAUCCAUCACGACCUGAUACCUCUUUUAAUCCAUUAACCAAUCCAAUUAAGGCAUUUAACAAAAUUUUACUUCCCGUUCUUAUCAAAGCACUUAUCAUAGUCGGCGUCUGCGCUAUUAUUAUUCUGUCCAUUGUGCUAUUCUUUUCCAACGUACCUUACAAAUUUGUGGGAUUGCGUUGA